UGAGAUCACUGAAACAAGCUGCUCAGUGCUGCAAAGAUAUUAAAGCCUUAUUUUUUAAUUAUCACAUAUAACAAUGCGUUUAGUCUGAAUUGCAGUUUAGAUGUGAUUACAUUAAGUCUGAAAUGACAACUAUUUGAAUUUUUAAUAACAUAAAAAAAAUAGUUCAUUGAUUUUAUAGGAAGCGAAGCAAAUUUUCACAAGGGACCAAAGUUUAAUGUUACAGCACAGUGCUCAAAGGACAUUUUGAUCUGGUGGCAGAGUGGGUUAAUUCAAUAAACAUUCAUGCCUUUCACCUGGGUUCACGUCCAACUGAAGUGCAAUGAGUUUGAAGGCCUCAGCUUAGCACGCAUGAAUAGUAGUUGUUUGAUCCACAGCACAAAACCAUUUGGAGGCAGGUAUGCAUGCUGCAGGCAGGCAGGGGGUGUUUGGGUCAGGACUGAGGUGUGUUUUCAGUGCCAAAGCUGUGAAAAGAAGCUCCAAGGGCAACCCUGCCUGACAGCAGCCACUGGUACUAUUUGCCAGCUGCACUUUCUGACCCUCUCCAAUAAGUGCCUAACAUUUUCAAGUGCGUUAUACAAAUCCAGUUACAAACCAAGACUCUUCAGCGAACAAGAGUAAAUAAGCCCAGCCGCUGGGUCACAUGGGUCUCGGCUUGUUAGAUCCAUCUGUUAGGACGUGCUCGCUUGUAAAGUUCUAGAGCACUUCACCUCAUCCUGUUUCCACAGCAACCUAUCGAAAUAGAGGCCAACCUUCAGACUGGCUGAUAAAAAACAAAUUAAAAAGAAAAGUCACGCACACACAAAGGGAAAGGAAGGAAGCCAGCGAAGGCAGUGUUUGUAAAGCAUGAUGCGCUCCUUCACUGUCUGCAUCCGACUGAACCACUUGCUGCUGCUGUUUUGUUUUUGACAAGGAAAAUAAAGUGACAUUUCCAUUAUUUUGCUGAUGAUGGCAGCUCCUUGAGCUGAUGAUGAAUGCCCGUUCUCCCUGGAAUCUCUCACCCCGAUGUGCCGUUGAUGGGAAAGGCUUUGCUGGUGCCACACACUGACCAAGGCCAAUGUAAGAAAUGGGGAUAGGAUCUUCCAGAACUGGGAGGUGUCGGACUGCUCCCCUCAAUGUAUACCGACAGGCCUGGGAACCCCAACACAGCACCCCCUACAGACUCUCCAACGGCAUUGACAAUGGCUCGGACUACCAGAGUGGGACGAAGCCUGUGGUCUCCAUAGUAACGCCGCUCUCACUAGGGAGUGCUGUGCAGAACAACACUGCUGUGCUGGUCCCCUCUGUGCCUGAGAGGCCUGUGGUCCGGGGGGGCUAUGUCACGGCCCAGCAGGUCUACAACUUCCUGAACGCAGAGGCCGGAGAGCCAGCCCUGCACAACCCAGACUACAUCCUGAUCCUGGACUGCCGCAGCACUGAGCGGUACAAGCAGUCGCACAUGGUGACGGCGCGAGUCAGCCUUACAGUUCUGCACCCGGAGCUGGGCUGCCUGAUCACCAGGAGCCAGCUGCAGGAGUACUCCAUCAUCCUGCUAUACGGGGAGGAGGGGGACAGAGCAGAUGAGGGCUUCACCCCACCCCAGAGGAUCCCUGUGGUGUACCAUGGUGGCAGCAGAGAGUCUGCGGGGGACACCCCCACCCUUCAGCGCUGCUUCUUCCAGCUCAGCUCUCUGGGGAUGGACCCUGUGGUCCUCCAGGGUGGUUACACAGCCUUCUCCCGUCUCUACCCAUUCCUGUGCACCCCCACGAUGAUCCUGCUGGAGUCCGAGCGCCGGGCCCUCACCAUCUACCCCUCGGAGAUCCUGGAGGGAGCACUGUACCAGGGCUCGGCCAGGCAGGCAUCGGACUACCGCAUCAUCAAGAACCUGCAGAUCACCCACGUGCUGAACGCCACGGCUGAGUGCCCCGACGCCUUCCCCAGCACGCUGCGCUACCUCCACCUGCGGCUGAACGACGACACGCACCAGGACGUGGCCGAGAGCUUCCCCGCCGCCACGCGCUUCAUCACCCAGGCACUGCGGGCCGAGGGGGGCCGGGUCCUGGUGCACUGCAGCCUGGGGCGCAGCCGCAGCUCCGCCCUCACCCUGGCCUUCCUCAUGGAGCACCGUCACUGGACCCUGCGGCACGCCUACCAGUGGCUGAAGGAGCGACGGGCCUGCGCCGCCCCCAACGACGGCUUCCUGCGGCAGCUGCUCGCCUAUGAGGAGAGGCUCUUCGGGAAGAAGCUCACUGACCUGCAGGACAUUCGGGUCUAGGGCUGGCACGACAGGGGGGUUCAUUCACUAAAGACCAGACGGGACAUGGGUAUCUAUAGCGAGUACCCAGGGUGCCAUUCUUCUAACCUUGCUGAGGAUGUUCUGCCAUGUUUCCAUCUGCCACAUAUCCAUCUGCCACAGGGACAGGAGUUCAACGGGAUCAGCAGGGAUCAAACAGGAAUGUCUGAUGAAGGAAUGUAAAGGACACUCGAGGCAACCUCAAACUGCGCUAAAAAAAACUGCAAAGCACAAAAACAAACAAAAGACUGACAAUAAUUACAAUCAGAGAUAUUUUUUAAAUGGGAACUACACAGGAAAGUGAUACACACAGAUGAGGACAGAUGAAUGUGUAAUGCCCUGUUUUCUGACUGGAUUGUAGACUGCAGUUGGAAUCUGCCACAGACAGCCCCAGUUUAACUUUUUGAACAAGAUGAUAAUUCUGGAUAGUAGGGGGCAAUAUGUAAUGAUGGAAUACAUAGUAAAACUUUAACAGACUUGUUUGUUAACUGUCUAAAAUAAGCUAACAUAAGGUAUAUGUUUUUUAAACAGUGUGGUAUACCUAUUUAAAACAUCAUUCCUCUAAAAUGUUGCUUUGCUUCAUUUCUUAUAGCUCGUCUUGUGUAGCCAGUAUGUGGCACUGUAUGUCAGGGCGACACAGAAUCCAAUCUAAUCUGUCAUUAAGAGUUUCUGCUCGAAAAUGCUGAAAGCGCAGUAGGUAGUUAAUUUAGGCCAUAAAGAAUACUUUAGAUACACAUCACUAUUCAAAACCAAGCACCAAUUGUUUUUUGUAUAUUUUUUUUAUUUUUUAUUAAA